UGGGUUACAGUCAAAAUUUGAAAAAAAACUGGUCUUCUGUCGAACCUCGGGCAAUAGUUAUACUAUUGACCGGCAAGACAUUCCUAUAUAUGUAUACUACAGUCCGCUGAAUUAUAUAAAAUGUCAUGUAAUAGUCAUUUAUGUAGACUAAUUUGAACCUAUGACUUUCAGGUGGCGUCACCGGUUAUAACCAGUAUCGAGUCAACGACAGAUCGAGUUAGGAAAGGACUAGCAACGCGUACCAAUUCCGACUGAAUGGUGCAAAUACCACAUGUAUUUAUAAUGGCGGAGCCUGAAUCAACUGCAGACAGUACUGAACUAUGCCUUCAACUGAACUAUGCCUGAUCCAACUGCAGACAGUACUGAACUUUGCCUUUAGAUUGAUAGAUAAAAGGUCUAGUGAAGAUAAAAAACUCGCACGUGCCGAGGAGAGCAUAACGAUGAAGAGAAUCCAACAGUCACUUUAAAAGAUGGCAUAGACCUAAAUGUGCUGCGUCAGCCAGAGAGUGAAGGUGUCUGCUUUGAAAUUCAGGAGGAAAAUGACUUGGAAAAAGAACCAACAGGGAAUACAUAUUUUGAUGGAGAGGAAGUUUGUAAAAACCUCUACCAUCCUGAGGAAGAUUCCGAAGAAGAAGAUGAUGAUGAUGAUAGUACGCCAUUUGAACGUCUUGCCCGUAAGAUGGAAGACAUUUGCCCAGACAAAGAUGGUGGCAUAUUGAAACAGUUGUUGAAACAUGGUUCAGGUCCUGUUGUACCUCCAGGGUCACUUGUCAGAAUUCAUUUCAAUGGUUACUUGGAGUAUGCUGAUGAGCCAUUUGAUUCAACAAGGUUACAGGGGAGAGAACUCCGAUUUCGCCUUGGAAAUGGAGAGGUGAUCGAUGGUCAGGAUGUUGCCGUGUCAACCAUGAGGAAAGGAGAAGUGUCAAGAUUUCUAGUCAAACCAGAGUAUGCUUAUCUCUCCAUGGGUGUUCCACCUAGAAUUCCACCAAAUGCGACAGUUCUGUUUGAAAUAGAGCUCCUCCACUUUGUAGAACAGGCAGGCCUAGAUGACUACUUUUCUAUGACUGAGGAAGAGAAGCGGAAUGUGGCAUUCUCAGAUAUAAAGAAACUUUACCAUUCUAUCACAAAGGAGGCAAAACAUCUCUUCCAGGAAGACAGAAUUAGACAGGCAUUUCCAAAAUAUAAAAAGGCAUGUUCAUUACUUGAAAAUCGACAUAUAAAGGACGAAGCAGAGGAGAAAGAACAGCAAGAGUUACUUGUCCGUGUGUAUCUCAAUAUGGCGUUAUGCUGUGUCAAACAGAGUCACUCUGGCAGGGCUAUAAGUUACACUAGAAAAUGCCUUGAUAUCGACAAGGAAAAUGCUAAAGCACUUUAUCUUCAGGGAAAGGCUUUACAUCAGCAGGGUGAGUUUGAAAGAGCAAAAGACUUUUUGAAAAGAGCCCAAAGAAAGAAACCAAAGGAUCGAGAUGUCAAUGCAGAACUAAUCAAAGUGGAGGAGAACAUGGCUAAAUGUAGAAUAAUGGAGAAAGACAUGUGUAAGAAAAUGUUUGCAAAUCCUCGUGGACAAACAGCAAAAGAAAAGGAAGCAGAGGAUACAAAAAUUGAAAAAGCCAGGUCAAGGUCGAUAGAUGUUACACCAGAAUUCAGACAACUUGUAAUGGAAAAACUGCAAGCAUUCAGGGAAGAUGAAGAUCUGAUGGAGAUACCAAUGCCAAGUUUCCAGUUCAGUGUAGGAGAGAUAGAUUGUAUCAUGGAAACAGCAGAAAGUUUGGAUCUGGAAGCUAAAGUUAGAGGAGAGGGAAACAGGGCUCAAAUUCGGGUCAUGAAAAAACAUCCUGAAGCAGUUCACUGAGAUGCGAAUUCAAGGGACAUAAUGACCUUUGUAUUUUGGAAAAUGUAGCAGAUGUCAAAAUAUUUUUAAGAACAGGCAUGAAUUUGUUUCAUUAUGUUCAUGGAUACAAAGAAGGUUUUAUUGGGAAAGAAUGAAAGAAAUAAGAAUCCUCUGAAAAAAAGAAAGUAUCAGGAAAGAAGGAAGCAUUUAUCAGUUAAGAAAAGCAGACAUGUUGGAACAAGUGUAAAAGCUGUGUGUACGGAACAUGAAUAGUGCCAAAAUUCUUUCAGUGCUUGAAGAUGUCUGUUUCUUUUGGUUAGUUUUAUAAGAUAUUUAGUGUUCUAUUACCUCAUUCACUUUAGUGUAUAAUUUGAUGGUCUAGCAUCUAGUGUUAAAUUUUGUUUGUCAGCUCUAUAAUUAGGGUCCAGACAUUUUUUGCAAGGGCAUGUUUUGUUUUGUUUUCUUUCAGUUUUUGUAAACAAUGCAAGUGAGCAGUAACAAGUACUAAAAAAAGUUUUUAUUUACACACCAUGUCUUGAACUGCAUGAUGCUAGCUAGGUUCAUGCAUCUGUUUAUGAGUUUUACAUUCUCUUAAAAUUUCUAUGCACUUCUCUAAGUACCGAGAUUGCCAGUACCAGUAUCAUUGAGGGCUGGACACCUUAACUACGGUCAAACCCAUCUGUACAGACCACAACUAGGAAAUGAAGUAAAAGUGGUCUUUGUUGACAGUUGGUUACUCAUCACAGGUAAAUUGACAGUACCAGUAAAUGGGUUGAGGAAAUAGUGGCCUUUAUAAGCAGGUUUUAUAGUAGUGGCCUCUACUUGGGAUGUGGAGUGGUGUGGGAGUCUUUCGCAAAUAUUUGACUGUAUAACCGGCCAGUUGUGUUCAUUCUUUGCUUUAUUCACUAUAUUAUGUUGAAAAUGUUUUAUGUAUGUUUUAAACUUGUUUGUGUCAAAAUUUCUCAACUUGUACAAGAUCCAGACAAUUAAAAUGACAUUUCAUAAUGUUUUAUGUAUUUUAUAUACUUGUUUGAGUCAAAAUAUCUCAAGUUGUACAAGAUCCAGACAUUUAAGUGACAGACUGAGUCAUGUUGAUAUUUGAUAUUGAAAAAUAUGAAAUAUUAUAAAUUAGUCGAAUUAUAUAUUUUAUUAGUAUUUACCACAGAAAGUUGAAAAGUUUGGGAAAUUGGUAGUUACUUUCACAGUUUAAUCUCUUUUUGUAGUCAUAGGUUUACCACAUUUAACACUGGUUUACCAAAUGAACACUGCAAACAUUUAAAGUACUGUACCGUCCAAACUUAUUGGAUGUACCUCGGUAAAAGAAAAUUACUGAAGCAAUAUGUUUCACUGAAAAUCCAGAGUAAAACAGUGUAAAAUACGAUGUUUGAAUCAUCUUUGCAGAUAUUUAUGUAUCUCGUUUGUCUGUCAUCUUGCCUUUUUUUUCAAAUCACCACCAUCUGCUUGCCACAUUCUAAUUUUGCUCAUGGUUACCUUACAUUAAUUCAGUUCCUUCUUUUUUUUAUUUCAUAUAAAACCUCAUUUUUCUUUAGAGCAUCUUCAGUGAUAUGAAAACCAUA